AAUCAAAAAUAUAUUAAAAACAAAAGCCUCUCUCUCUCUCUCUCUCUCUCUCUCUCUCAAUCUCUCUGUCGUACAGCUACUUAUUGUCUGUGACUCUGGUUCUGUGUUCUUCCCGGGAAUCGAUAAACUCUGAAUAAUCGAGGAGGAGGAGGAGGACGACGACGACGACGACGAAGAACGGAGGCACAACGGCAGGAAAGAAGAACCCUAGGUCUUUCGGUUUCCGCGGCACUCCGGCCACCGCCCUGGCGGACCCUGGACGAGGAACCCUAGGUUUUUUCCCCUUUUCGAUUUUGCCUGAUCUUGAUAACAAUCCGUUUGAUUUUAAGUCGAGGAGGAAGCGGAAAACAGCGAUUCGAAGAGUCAAGAUGUUGUGGAUUAUGAGAUUUUCCGGAUUCUUCUCUGCCGCUAUGUUGAUGAUUAUUCUCUCUCCGUCUCUCCAGUCAUUUCCUCCGGCGGAAGCUAUUCGAUCCUCUUAUCUAGAGUUUAAUCUUCGGCAAUCGGUUCGUCUCUCGCUCUCUGAUUCACAGAGUCGGUUUCUGUUCCGUAGGUCGCCGACGUAUCGCAAUGCCGAUCAAUGUAGUCUAAGCUACUCCAAAUUUUCGGAUAGAUUUGGCGUUUGUGAUCCGAGUUUGGUUCAUGUUGCGAUUACGCUCGAUUUUGAAUACCUUCGCGGCUCAAUCGCCGCUGUAAAUUCGAUUCUGCAGCAUUCGCUCUGUCCAGAGAGCGUGUUCUUUCAUUUCCUUGUUACAGAGACGAAUCUUGAAGCGAUUGUUAGAUCCGCUUUUCCUCAGUUGAAAUUCAAGGUUUAUUACUUCAAUCCGGCGAUUGUUCAGAAUCUGAUUUCGACGUCUGUGCGGCAACCGCUUGAACAGCCGCUUAACUAUGCGAGGAACUAUUUAGCGGAGCUAUUGGAGCCCUGUGUUCGCAGAGUGAUUUAUUUGGACUCCGAUCUCGUUGUUGUUGACGAUAUCACGAAGCUUUGGAGUACUAAUUUGUAUUCUCGAACAAUCGGAGCGCCAGAAUAUUGUCACGCAAACUUCUCGAAGUACUUCACCUCGCGAUUUUGGUCGGAGAAGCGGUUUUCCGGAACGUUUCUUGGCAGGAAGCCGUGUUACUUCAACACCGGCGUGAUGGUGAUAGAUCUCUUUCAGUGGCGACGCGCAGGCUUCACGAAGCGGAUCGAACGGUGGAUGGAGAUUCAGAAAACCAAUCGGAUUUACGAGCUUGGUUCGCUUCCGCCGUUUCUUCUUGUAUUCGCUGGUGAUGUAGCGCCAAUUGAACACCGGUGGAACCAGCAUGGACUCGGUGGCGACAAUGUAAAAGGCAGCUGCCGGAACCUCCACGCCGGUCCGGUAAGCAUUCUUCACUGGUCAGGAAGUGGAAAGCCAUGGAUGAGGCUGGACUCGAAGAAACCCUGCCCUCUGGAUUCCCUCUGGUCUCCAUACGACUUGUACGAUCACUCUCACUGAACCACCGACAACCGUCCGCCAUCGCCGGUAAGUUAUAUGAAGGCAAAAAGAAAAAAAAAAAGCCGUCCCUCAUCCUUCCCCUUCUUCUUCUUCCUCUUCCUAAUUAAGUCCUUCAAAAUUUCCCAUUCUUUCUUCCAUUCUUUACAGAUUUUUAUUUAUUCUGUUUGUUCUCUGGGUGUCCAUUGACUCUUCCUCUUGUUUGAUCAGAUCAUCUGUAUUUUACUCUACACCCCAUGAUUAUUAUCAUCAUUCCUUGUUCAGAAAAUAAGAAAUAGAAUCCAUACUCAUUUUUUUUCAAUUUUGUUUCUAUAUUUAGAAUCGUCUGUUUUUCAUGUUUAAUCCUUGUAUUGAUCUUUUAAGUUAUGGAAUUAAUUAUAUUUGCAUAGA